AUGUUCCUCAAAGAUUGGGCUCAAAGAUCUUACAUCAUCUAUGCAGUCAUCAUGAUGAUGAAUCUGUUGCCCUCUGUUCAGCUAUUAGAAUCGCCCGAACGUUCCCUUGUCCGAAGACGUUUAGGCCAUGAACCUGAGCAAGUCUGCGAUAAAGAAUUCUCGUUCAAUACAAACCUAGGACAUUCAAAAUGUACAACCAAGAAGGGAGAAGUUUACGUUUGCGACUAUUCGGAUUGCCCGGGCAAGGGCAAACCAAGGUUUAGGUUUGUGGACUGCCUGCCGAUCGAUGAGGCCACUCACCUGCCCAAUCCAACCGCAGGAAAAAUGAAUAUAUACCCAUAUGAAUAUUCGACUGUGGACUACUUUGAAAACUAUAAAUUUAUUCAGGCCGUCGAUAAGAGGGGUAGAUUCUUCGCAUGUCCACAGGUUAAAAACACUGAAUACCUUACGUGCACCUAUUGUCUCAAGUCUGCAUCCACACCCACGCCCCUAUAG